AUGGCAGGCUCGCCCGCCGUGCUCGCGGAGAAGCGUCGUAUACAACCCAAAUUCCCCAACCAGUCGGCGGAUGCUCUCCUUGCUAACGGAAAGGGCGACAGCUCAACGGACGUACUCCUCGCCGCGGAAACACAAAAGAGGGAUGUUAGGGGGUGCCAUUCAAUUUAUAGAAGUGAAUUGAAUGAGGAAUUCAACGACACAUUAUAUUUCCAAGUUAAAUAUAUGGAACUAAAUGUCCGAGACAAGAAAAGUGAUCCCAUCAAAGUAUUCGACAUAAAAAGUACUAAGAAGAAAAAUGGAUCUAAUUUCAAGAUACUUGCUCAUUUGGAGAGUGAAGAGCCCACAAAUAUUGCCAAUUGUUCAAAAUUUGUUGAACGUUACCAGUUUACCAAAAAUUAUGAUCAUGCAAUGCUGUGUUUAUACAAUCUUUUUUCCUUGAAUCCAGCGCUGCUCCCAUUUUUCACGCGAAAUCUCUGCUCAGACAUUUUCUUAAAACAUUGUUUGAAAAUAAGUAUCUGUGAAAGAACUUUGCAAAUUGCAAAAUCUGCAAUGUGGGUUAUAAAUCAACCACUAAGUUAUUAUUUUAGAAGCAUUGUAUAUAAGAUGUAUUAUAAUAAACUUGUUAAAGAUAACAAGGGAGCUACUUCAUACAUUCUAUUUGUGAAGCUGUUCCACAACAAUAUGCAAUAUCUUAAUUGUUCCACAGGAAACAUGAUUGUUUUAUUUAAUAAAAAACAACUGAAGAAACUAAUUCCAAAGGAUAUUUUUCAUCCUCCUUUAAUAUUUAAUUUUAUCUUCAAAAUUUUCAUUAUUAAACAAUAA